UCCACCGAAACAGAACCAGGAUGCCUUUUUAGCUAACUAGCUUGAAGAUGUAAAAGAGGUAAGGUAUGGCGGCCACGACCCAUCAUUGCAGUUUCACAAGAUCAAUACAGAUAAGAUAAGACACCGAUACGUAUAUAAAACCAGGAGUCAUCGUCAGAUCCAAACAGUUUAUGUAACCAAACAAUAUAAGCAAUGAACGUUGUUCUAAGAUUGAACAGAACAAGAAAGAUUAUGAGCAAUUGGUUCCUCAAAAGGAAGAAGAAGGUGGAGAAGAUGAACAGCAUUGCCAGAAGGUGGAAGCUUCUGAGCGGGAGAAACCAGUGGGAAGGCUUAUUAGAUCCUCUCGACAACGAUCUGCGGAAAUACAUCCUUCAUUACGGCGAAAUGGCGCAGGCAACCUACGACAACUUCAACCACGAGAAAGCGUCGAAAUACGCAGGAAGCGGUCGGUACGCUAAAGAAAAGCUGUUCGAUAGGGUCGGGCUGGGGAAAGGGAAUCCGUUCAAGUAUUCCAUCACCAAGUAUUUGUACGCGACGUCUUCGGUUCAGGUCCCUGAGGCGUUCAUCGUGAAAUCCAUGUCCAGGGAAGCGUGGAGCAGGGAGUCGAACUGGAUUGGGUUUGUGGCGGCGGCCACGGAUGAGGGCGCGGCGGCGUUAGGGAGGAGAGACAUUUUGGUUGCUUGGAGAGGCACUGUUCGAACGUUGGAAUGGGUUAAUGAUUUCGAGUUUGCAUUCACCGAUGCGCCGAAGAUAUUCGGGGGAAAUUAUGAUCCUAAGGUUCAUUGUGGUUGGUACUCGAUUUACACUUCGGAAGAUCCAAAAUCGCCAUUUACUAAGAUCAGUGCCAGAGACCAGGUUCUCGGAGAAAUUUCAAGGUUGGUGAAUCACUACAAGAAUGAGGAAAUCAGCAUAACCAUAGCAGGCCACAGCCUGGGUGCAGCCGUCGGAACCCUAAACGCGAUCGACAUAGUCAUCAACGGAUUCAACAAGGCGGCGGCCGGAAAACCAGCCUGUCCGGUGACGGCCUUCCUCUUCGCCAGCCCUCGAGUCGGCGACUCCACUUUCAAGAACGCCAUUUCAAAGCUACAAAACCUUCACAUUCUACGCGUCCGCAACGCCAUGGACGUCGUCCCAAAUUAUCCUCUCAUAGGCUACGCCGACGUCGGCUCGGAACUAGCCAUCGACACCACCAAAUCGGAGUACCUAAAGAGCCCUGGAGAUUUGGGUACUUGGCACAGCUUGGAAGCUUACUUGCAUGGAGUUGCGGGGUACCAAGGGGCCAAAGGAGGGUUCAAGAUUGAGACGGGAAUUCGUGAUAUUGCACUUGUGAACAAGCAUUUGGAUGCUUUGAAGGACGAAUAUUUUGUGCCGGUUUCAUGGUGGGUCGAGAAGAAUAAAGGGAUGGUUCAACAAGAUGAUGGAUCAUGGAUUCUUAUUGAUCAUGAGGAUGAUAUAUGAUUUUUUUUUUCCUCCAUA